CGCUCAGUGUGCCCGGCGAUGGCGGCGGUGGCAGCGGGCAGGGCCGCGGCCCACGGGCACGGCGAGAGCGGUGGCGGCCGCGGCGGCAGCUUCCUGGGGCCGAGGGUGCCCGCUGAGGUAGAGGCCAUGGCUCGGGUCCUGCAGGACAUGGGCAAGGAGACCUUCCGGCGGCUCCUCAGAGUCACUGUUAAUGCGCUGGAAGGAAAAGACUGCAAGGAAUCUGUCAAGCUUAUUGCUGAAAGCACUAAUCUCUCAGAAGAGCAGCUUGCUUUCCUCAUUUCUGGCAUGUAUACCCUCCUGCGAGAGGCAUUGAGACUCCCCUUAUCAACUUUCAAACAAGAAGUUUUUAAGGAAGACCUAAAGGAGCUCAGGAUACCAGAAGAUUUCAUUGUGGACUUCUCCAGUAUAGUCUUUGGAAACAGGCGUCCCACUUCCGAAGGCACAGCUCUGAUACAAGGAAGUAGGCUGCCAAGGGUCCAGGACUUCAAGUGGAGAGUGGACGUAGCUAUAUCCACAAGUUCACUGGCCCGUGCACUUCAACCAUCCAUUCUGAUGAUGUUGAAGCUUUCAGAUGGGACUGCUCAUCGCUUUGAAGUGCCAGUUGCAAAGUUUCAAGAACUGAGGUACAACGUUGCCCUUAUACUGAAGGAAAUGAACGACUUGGAGAAAAGGAGUGUACUGAAGAUCCAGGACUGAAUGCGUUGAAACUGGGAUUUACAGAUCUGAAACCACCCUCAGCGUGUUUGGUGAAUGGCAAAGCAGGGAAGCGUCACCACUUUGCCUCUCUGAACUUUAAAGUGGCAUUUAUGGCAUUUAUGAUGUCAGCUGUAAAUAUGUUUUCAUUUCAAGCAUUAAAAGCACAAGGUCUUUUUGUAAGACUUAGGAAAAAAGCAAAAGCAAUUCUCUGAAAAAGCAUAAUGCUGUUUGUGAGAAUUAUUGCAUGAUUCAUCAAAACAUUUUUUAAAUAACAGUCUUAAUAGAUGUAAGAGUCAUUUAUUUCUGAUUGUGAUUCAUCAUUCUCAGUAUUUUUGAAGGCUUGCUACCGGAAGCCCCGUCAGUGUGUAACAGAAGAAAGCUCUGCAAUACCUCAAAUAAAAAAUGCAGCAACAAAAACCAUGCACUCCUGUGCUCUCAUAUGACAAAUGAGAACUGGAGUUUUGCGUAAGUAAAAGUGCUUCUGGCUUCUCACUGACGGAGUUAUGGCUGUGGGUAUUUAAAGGCUAAUUUUUAAGAAAAUUGGAAGUCUGUGGAUCAAAAAAGUUGAGUUUCCAGAACUAAUUCCAUGGAAUUGCACAAGUGGAAAGGUACAAUGUAAGUCUUUAUCUGGUUGAUCAAAAUGGGCUAAACAGCGGUAAUCUCAUAGAUUUCUAACUGGAAAGGCCUGCUUCUUGUUUUAUGUAUUUCCCAUAUAUUCAAUGUGAACAGAAUCAUCUGAAUUACUGGGCAGAAACCUCUGGCACUGCAGUCAUAGCAAAUGGCAGGAGACAGUGAUCUUGUAGUGUCUCCUACAAGAGACAUCUUGAUAUACAAGAUCACUGUAUACUCAUUAAUAGUGCAAAUCAUACUCCUGGGAUAAAGAGGCUGCAUACAGCUUCUGGUAGGAAAGUCAUGGGUGUGAGAAUACCAAGCCACCAGGCCAAGGAAACUGUUACGCAUAAGCUGAAGUUGCCUGUGUUGGUCAGGCAGUUGGACUGGAUGAUCAAUGUAGGUCCCUCCUAACUGAAAUGAACAUUGUAUUUAUUUGCCCCAUGAGUAAAUCUUGGAAGAAGUCCCUUAAUUUGAAACGUAUGUUUUAAUUCUCAUUUAAAUGCCAUGGGACCACAUGUAUGUCCCUAAGACUUUUGCCAAGAAGAGGUGCAUUCCUCGGUCAUUGCCUGAACAAGCUUUCCCCAGCAGCAAAAAUACAGAAGCUGUGAGCAAUGGCCCAGUGACAGCACAAGCCAUGGGCCCUAGAACUAUUGGAUUUAUCCAGCUGCCAAAAGCAGUUUAGAAACCAUGUGCCAUGACUGUUUUUCUCAGUGGCUCAUUCUAGCUGCUUUUAGGGGUUUUACAUCAAUAAUACCACCCAUACUUCUCACUCUUGGUUUUUGUGACUGUAGAACUUGUCUUUAUCUCCCUUACUGCCUGCAGAAAACUAUUGAAAUUAAACCCAUGGAUUAGGAGGCCUUUUACACUCCCACAGCUGUUUCUGUAUGAAAGGAUGAAUUGGCUCUUGGAUUUUAAGAAUCACAACAGGUAUAAAAUGACUUCAUUGUAUUAGUGCAGGCUGCUGUCAAAGAAGUUCUUUUUAAAAGCAUGACAAGGACAGCUCAAUAGCUAUGGUCCAGAAAGCUUUUAAAACCUCUGCAAGAAUGUGUCCUGUAGUUUAAAAUAAACCGAUCAGCCUUUAUUUCAAACUGUUCCAUUUGCUUUGUAGGCUACUCAUCAAUAAGUCUGAGGCUUGAUCCAUACUGCAUCUUAACUACUGUGUUCAGGUUACACCAAAGCAUGUAAAGAGGAGUUAGCUCCUGUAACUUCAAAUGGACUGCAGGUUGCAUUAAUGUGAUGGGGUUUUUUUUCUUUUAGUUUGUGAAGCUUGUUUAUCUUAUUUCUGGAAUUCCAUUAUCACAAAAUGUGAUACAAAACACACAUUCUUGCAUUCCUUGUUACAGCCUUUUCCCUCUGAAUGUUCAGGUUUAUUGGUUUCAAACUAGAAAGGAAUCUCAACUGAGACCACAAGUGAAGUCUUUACACACAAAUGGAAGAUCCUACUUCACAAUUAAAAUACUCCAGCAUUUGAAUUCCACUGCAUUUCUGACUGCAGCCCUUUCAUUUCAAUAAAGAACAAAAAUGACCUUCUCAGAAUCUGGGUAUGCUUGAAUAGAAAUUAUUUUACCCAGCUCACUCUAGGUUUGGUUACACUUCAAGGACACGCCAUGAACCCCCCUUUCUGUACAAUGUGAGAAAGAUACAGCUUGUAUGGGAUGCUGGCUGUGUUGGUCCUGAGCUCUUGUCAGGCUGAUCACCAGUCAGUCAUCAAUUAGGAAGGGAGGAGGUUUGUGUUGGGAAGGACAAGUAUUUUUUUUUCCUCUUACACACUGUUCACAGAGCAACAGGUAGCAAGGACCUUUCCCAGCUUCUAUCAGUAGUGUUUCCUGAAAAACAAACCUCAGUGAUGCAGUUGCUUUCUCUAUUUGAUGGUGUCAUGCAUUUAUUUAAACUGGGUAAUGUGUUUGUGAAUGUCUUAGUUAUAGCUAUUUUCUAACCUGUGGUGUAGGAACAUAAAUUUCCCCAGUUCACUUUUUCUUUCAUUUCCUUUACAGUAUAUGGAACAUUAUACUUUUGCUUUCAAGAUUAAUGUGUCAAAACCUAUUUAAAAUAGAACUGGAACUUGAUUGUU